CUCAUCACAACAACGAAAACAAUCUAAACUAACACCACACACACAUAUCUAAUUAGCUUCAGCAUCAUGGGGCUAAGCUCUCGAACUAUAGAGAUUACGGUUAUUUCCGGUGAAAACGUUCAUGUGAAGGAGGAAUCAUACGUCGUCGUUCGAGCUGAGUCACUCAAAUCUUGCACAACAAAAGCAGCCAAAAACACCGACAUUAUUAUCAACAAUAAUCAUAGCUCAAGUUUGAUUUCAUGGAACGAGAAGUUAUUGCUUGAGAUUCCAAUGCAUGCAAGGUCCAUCACGUUUGAGGUUCAAUGCAAGAAUUCAAGAGCAAGUAGUGCUAGACCCGUUGGGGUGGCAAGGAUUGCUAUUUCGGAUAUAUUGUUGGGUGGUUCGGGGUUCGGCAGCGACAGCGACGGCGACAAUAAUAUGUUGAGUUAUAGGUUGAGGGACUGGGAUGGACGGAGAAAUGGAGUUAUUCAUUUCUCCGUAACGACUCCGAAGAUCACGGCUGCCAUGGAAGAAGCAGUGGAGCAGCCGGUGAAGGGUUUGGUGGAGGAUCACAUGAAGAAGAAUAAUAAGAACUCCAAUGAAGUUGUUCUUGGUGUUCCUUUAUGGUGGAACUACCCCAAUAUUAUUUGAAGAUCUAUAUUAUUAUUGCUCUCUUUUUUGUUGUU